AUGAGUUCAGGCUGGGCUCAGUUCAAGGUUCUUCACAGUUUUGAACCCCGGGAUCGAAGAGACAUUGCAAUUCACGAAGGGGAUAUAAUGAUUGUAGCAAGGCCUGUUUUGGAUUAUUCAGACUGGUUAACCGGAGAAAACACAAGGACUGGCGAGGUAGGGGAGUUUCCAGGAACUUAUGUAGAAUAUAUUGGUAAUAUAGAAGACCUUCCUCAAGAAAAGAUCGAUACGCCGCCUGUUCCUCCACCUCGACCUCCCAGAAUCAGCAAGGUAACUGCUCCAGGUAUGUACACAACAAGUUAAGUUGUGACUUCUAACCUGCUGCUCUAACAUUGUACUUCAUUUUUUUUAAAGAAUCUAAAACAAUAAUUGCUCCUUUGCAAUAAAAAGGAAAUAAAAACAAGUCUUUCAUCGCUCCGAUUUUGAGAAAAUUAUUCAAAACUGCAGCAUGUUCAAUUUAAAAUAAGGUAAAGUUGGGAUAUUAGAAUGAUAGCUUCCUUGAAGCAUCUGAGCAAUUCUUUUCACAGGAAGUUACUGACAUCGCACUCAGAGAAGGUCUUUGUUUUCUUGAAUUGCCUUUGUUCUGUUAUUUACAAUCUUUGGUGUUUUUAAGGGUUAUUAAAACGUAGCAAUUGAACAGGGUUUUUUAAUAUUAUGCAUGGAUUUAUAUAUUAAUUUUGUUAGCAUACUUUUACAUAAUCUAAAUUCUGUGCAUAUAAUACACAUGCUAUGCUGGGUUCACACUCAUCCUCCAAGAUGUUUCUGAGUGUAUAUGAUUAAAAUAAUGCCUUUCAAAUUAGUGUUAAAUGAAUGUAGUGUACAGCUGUAAGCUUUGGCAAUGAUUUUGAACAUUAUUAAAGAUGAUUAUAACAGUUCAAGACUUCUUACUACAUAGAGCAGAUCAGAAGUGAUGGCAUUUUGUGUAUCAAUCAAUUUUUGCAGUUCUCUCGCAGCACUCAGUGGCCCAUGGUGACGUACUUUUUAUACCUUUAUUCCGGGAACCUUAAAUUCAUACACUGUAAAAAUUAAUAAAUAAAUCUGCUAAGAACUGUCUGGGCUCCCUAUAGAUUGUCAUAGAUCACAGCCUUUGUUAAGCUUUAUGUAGCGGCAUCAGCUCCGGUGUCGGAGAGAUCCGUGAAACUAAGAAAAACUAAGCGACUCACAGAUUCCACAAGGCUGGGGUUUAUUGUGUCAACUUUUACAGCAAUCCCAUUGUAGGACAUGUUGGGGUGAACGCUCUAGUAGGUUCUGUGUUCAACAGCAAUAAAGACAUUUCUUGACGUGGUUACCUGUCGAAAUUUCUGUGAGCCUUAGCACGCUGGGAAAAAAAGUGCUAAAUAUCGGCCACAAAAUGUGUCCAAAGUUUGUUUAAAAAUAUGCUUGGAAUGUUACAAUUGUAUCUCUUAAAUUAUAGAAGGUAAUGAGUUGAGACUUUCACUUUGUAUUUGUCUUAAGUUUUUCUUUCAAAUUCUCCAUUUUUUGGGUUAGUACUGCGCAUGACCAAAAAGCCCAUUUUGUGACGUCAUCAAUUGUGACGUCAAUUUGAGAUUUCAAAUUGGACAAGUUCUUCAAUUUUAUGUGCACUAUAUUUCUGCAAAGUAUCACACUUUCAGGUUUAAUUCUCUUGGAGGAGAAGUGUUUGGGAGUUUUGAUUUUUUAAUUAGCCACUAGAGGGUCACGUGAUUCUUUACCAACAAAACACCUAUUCCAAAAUUUUCCUGGAGUCAAGUAUUGUUGCCUGUAUUAAUUUCAGUGUCAUGCCUGUAAAGGAAAGGAAGUUAUAGCCCCAAGAACUGCAAAAAUGUUUGUGCCUAUCACACCCCCACUCAACCUUUUGGCCCAUUUUUACCACCUUUUUUCCCAGCGUGUAGAGAAAACUACGCACGUGUAGCGAUAUUUAAGCUAAGGUCAUGUGACGGCUAGCGGAAAAUCAUUGUGACGUAAAAUGUGGUUACAAUAAAGAAAAUAGCUAAAAAUACAACAAAACUAAACUAAGGCACAUGGGUGCCGUUACACGUAUGUCCAGUGACCAGCACCUAAUUUCUCCUUACAUUGUCACUGCUUAAUUUAACAGAAAGGUUGUGAAAAUAAAAGAAAUGAUCAUCAAAGAUAGGGUAUGGAUGACCAUGAUAAUAAAGAACACUUGUUUAUAUAAGGAGGUAAUGGUGAUAUUGGAGAGUAUUCCAUGAGAUAUCCAUGCGCAGAUGGGAUAAAGCAUUUGCAAAGAUUGGGUGUAAGAGUUUCACAGUGGUAGACCCAGGUCAAUUCAGCAGAGCAGCACUCAGGGUCGUAAAGUAAUUUAGGAAAAUGUAUUGCCUUUCUUUUAGCAUCUACAAAUGGUUGCACCCUCUAAUCUUCUUAGAAAAGGACAAUAAACAGUAGGCUCCAUUUUGCAACACUUUUGCUGAUGUAACUAUUGUGGGAUGUAGGAGAACCAUACUGGCACGCUACAAUUCAAAGAGAGUAGAGGCCUUAGACCCUGGUAGCCUUGUCAGCCUUUUGCAUGUAUUUGUCUAGUACACAGUCAUGUGUAUGGCUUUGGCAGUUCCCCUUCAGCUUUCAUGCUCCCUAUUUUGUAAACAUGUAUAACCACUUUUGUCAAGUGAAAGGUCUGUGAUAAAGCAUGAGGCACAUGUAUAUAGCUUAGAAACAGUUAGAGGCUCUAGAAUUGAUUUACUACAUUAAUUUUUAGUGGAUUACAGUGGAACCCUGUUAAUACGGUCAACAAUGGGCCAAAAAAAUUGGCCGUAUUAACGGGUGACCAAAUUAACGAGCGUUUGGCUGGGCGGCCAAAAAAAGUCGCCCUAAUAACGACAUGACUAUAUUACGGAGUUGGUCGUAAGGCGGCGUUCCACUGUAUCAUCAGAGCCGUAAUAAUUAGCUUAAAAUGUUGUAUUCAAGCAUUUUUUUAAAUGUUUACUGCAUCUGUGCUUUUUUUGUAGAUGAGCAUUCUUUGGCUGAAACUCCUGCAGUAACACCAGCUUGGUGUUAUCAGUGUAAGUGUUCAUAAAAGGUUUUAAAGUCUUAAAAAAGGACAAACAUUUGAAACCUGAACAAUCAACUGCACCUUGCACUGACCAUGGCAGGAUUAGCUCAGUUGGUAGAGUGCUUGACUGCAUCAGAUUGGGAGGCUUCAGGCUGCAUUCCUGGGACUGGACCAAUUCUUAGGGUCGUAGAAUAACUGAAGGUACUGCAGCCAGCACCUUUAUGUGGCUCAGAUGACCACGUAAAAUGGCAGUCCCUUCUCAAGUAGGGGACAUAAAAAUAGUGUCUCUAGUUAGCUUUUUUGUAGUAAUAACAAUAAUAAUAAAACUUAUAUAGUGCUGAUAUCAAUAUUGCUAUUUUCAUCAGUGCUUUGCGCUAAAUACAUUGAUGCGUACUUGCAAAAAGUGCCUGUUGGGGAAGCAGUGAUAAGGGUUAGGGUUAGAGUUAGGUUUAUUCAAUUUAAAGUCCCAGUUUUGGCCCCUUUAUGUUUUGUCAUGAUAUGUUUUGUCAUGGAGCCCUUUAGUUAUAUUUUACACUCAUCUAGGGUGAAGAUCGAUGGUGAAUGCCACUGUAACAUACCUUAAUGUCUGAGUUUCAUUGUUGAGAGACUGUUGUGUCUUAUUUUCAGGUGAGGAUUUUAUUUGGGGAGUUGAAGACAAGGUUUCCAGAUGUUUAAGUAAGUUUUAUUUUCUAUUACAGGCUGGCUGACCACCUGUUGAAAAACAUAAAAAUUUUGAGAUUCUUACAAAAAUUAAUGUAUAUUUACAUUUGCAUGUAACACAUUCAUUUAUCAGGAAUGAAUAUGUUCAGGAACAGCUGAAACUAGGGUGUAAAUAGUGUGAGAAUACAGUCAACACUUCACGAUGCCACAGCUCGUUUCUGCAAAAUGUCGAGAAGAAAUUCCAUACUGAUGGCAUUUCAAUACCCAGAUCUGAGUAGUGCUUUUGAUUGAUUGUGCCACGAGGAAAAUUUGCUUCAACCAGACAGAAGUAUUACCCAGAUCUGGGUAGUAACAUGUCAUCAGUUUAACAUUUCUGUGCUUGUUCCUCAGAUCUCAAUUUGUGGAGUAAUGUUGGCUGUUUCCUCAGGCUAGGAUUUAAAGAAUUUAACGUUUGUAAUAACUUGUGUUUUCAUACAGGAUGUGAUUUGUCAUGGCACUGCAAAUGUCCAGUGGAACUGUCAAGGUUUCCUUGUAAAGUUCUUAAGAACUUAAGCCAGGAAGAUGAGGAGGAUGAUGAUGCCUAUAUUCAUUUUUCCACUGUAAGUUAGCUGUCAUUGGAGGAAGGAUGUUUUAUUUUUUUGGCUGGUGCCACUAAGGGGCAGGAUGAAAAAAAUCUUAUCUUCUGAUUCGUUGUCUGAGAGGGAAAGUUGGCCCAAACUUUCCUGCUCAGAAUUGCUUACCUUGUUCUUAAACACACACAAAAUAUAAUACAUCCUUGUAAAUACACCUCAUAAUACUUCCUGUAUUGAAAUAGCUGGCCAGAUAUUGGCCUCAUUCUUUGAGGCUAGAAGUUGUCCCAGGCCAUAAAAAUAAAAAAGAAAUGUUCUUGGCAAAUCUCCUGCCAUCUUGAGUAUUUUGAGGUCUUUUUUAUCACUGCUCUCUACUACCCUCCUUUUUUAGUUUCUAUAUCACAUCCCUUUCCCUGUCUCAGUGGUUACCCAUAGCAUUUUAUUAGGUUUUAUUAGUAACAUAAAGCAAACCACUCCUUGAUGGGAGCUUUGGCAUUGUCACUGAACAUUUAAGUAGAGCAGUGGCAGACCAUGCCAAGAGCGUGACAUAAACAGGGCGCCCACCCUCUUCCCGAAACAAAUUAUCUCAUCAACUUGGCCUUGUGGUCCUUGGUUUUUUGUCUAAGCAUAAGAGGAGAGGGUGCCAUGGAUGGUGUGUGGAACCCCCACACCCCUCCCGUAGAUUUGCCACUAUAGAGUGCCUACCACUCAGAUGGCUAUUCUGACCCUAGUGCAGGGAAUACACUUGAUAACAAAUCACAUUUCCCCCUACAGGACCCUGAAGAGUGGCAAGUGGAUGAUGUAUUACUGUGGCUAGCUGCGACUAAUAAUUACUUGUAUGCAGAGGUGUUUAGAGAAUGUGAAAUAACUGGGGCUAAGCUCCGGGAAAUGACAGACGUGAAACUUGCUCAGAUGAACAUUUCAGAUAGCACUCACAAACAGUCCCUUUUGCUUGCUAUUCAAGAGCUCUUCACUGCACUGUCAGAAACUGUAAGUUUACUACAGCUUUUAACUGUCAUAUGUUCUCACUGGCACUAUCCACAAACAGUGCUUGUAAUGCUAAUAGAAUUUGGGAUACUCAGCCCUAGGCAGUAGUAGUGGGGAGCUCCAGGUGGAGAGAUAGUUCAUCACUGCGGGCAGGUGGUAGGAUGCGUAAAGAAGUGUACAAAGCUCCUAAAAGACGGGGCACACUAUUAGGAAGAGAAACUGACCUUAAAUAAGAAAUCAUGCUCUCCAAUAGGAUAGCCCUGGGCUAUACAUGGCGUGCAAGUGUUACAUAAUAGAGUUUGAGGCUAUUUUAUUGCAGAGUUUCCAGGGAGAAUGAAAGCUGUGUUUACACUAACAAAAAAUUAGCUAGCUAAAGCUUUAUGCAGGUAGAUAUACUUCUGUUGUUAUUAGUGCAACUGUUUUCUUUUUGGGAAGAACUGCAUCGGCCAUCAUCUGCUAAAGUUCUGACAAAGUAAGAAUGGAUCUCAUGGCUGGGUUGGAUAAAUAAAGUUUUACCCUAUAUUAUUUUCUUGCUACCAACAGAGAAAACCAGGAAUGUUUGGCAGUCUUCAGCUGGCAAAGCCUGGUUAGUUUGCAUUUUGCUUUUAUUCAAAAUAAAGUUGAAUCAAAUGAAAUCAUAUAUAAUCAAGUAAACGAACUUUUAUUUCCUGCCUUAUUCAGGGGUUGUUAUCACUUCUGCGUAGGACUGCCUGAAAGUUUGUUAUUCCAUUCAAUUCCAUCCAUUCUAUCCCAUUAUCUCACAAAAUAAAGUUCAACAACAUGGUUUUGGAUUGGAAAUGUUUUGGCAGUCUACAAGAUCAGUUUGUUUGUUGAAGGAAUUAAUUAACUUCAGGGUUGAAGCUAAAAAUACUUUGGAUGGAGUUUAUACUGCCUUUGUCAUGUGGUAUGAAUGAUCACAUAGCGAUGGUGCCCUAUCCACCAGCUGUAUGGUAGAGAGUAAGUGUAACUUUGUGUAAUCUUAGUGAACUUGAAAUCCUGAAAUAAUUAUACCAACCAUUACAGUCAAAUGGGCAAAACCAUGAACACUUGAAAUAUUCAGGAACGUUUGUUGUGUUAGCCACAAAACCACAAACUAGAUGUUAACCUUCUUGCUUGCAGAUUGCCUUUUUUCUUGCAAGACAAUAACAUUCCAGAAAUAUUUCUGGUGUUCAGUAAGUCACAGCAUUCCACUUUAUUUCACCAAACCACUUGUACACCUGUGGGCUGGUAUGCCUGUGGUAUAUAAGUCAGGCUUAUAGUGGAUUGACCACUGAUACUUUAUUUCUCUUUCACUACUAGGUACAAAAGGUAGUCAUUUAUUUAAAGAACAAUCAUUUCGUACACUGCAGUGGUGUGACAUGUGCGGCAAGUGUCUGUGGGGACUGUUCCGACAGGGGAUGCAGUGUUCGGAAUGUGGCUUCCAAUGCCACAAGAAGUGUAUGUUUGACAGUAUUGUUGUGUGUCCAAGGAGACGUUUGAGAAAAAGAAGAGAGAGUGAUGCAGAGGGUGAGGAUCGUGAACUUACCAACUAUCUGCCCUGAUCUCAACAUUUUGUAAAGCUUUGGUAAUAAGAGUCAGAUGCACUGACUGCACAGAGCUGCAAACAACAGUCUGUCAUUGGACAAUGUCUGACCAAAAUUGGGCCAUGUCCAAUACAAUUUUAACUGUGAUAAGAUGCUUGGACAAAAUUUAAUACCAAAGACUAUCACUUUGCUGAUGAACAAAAUUUUACCUGGAGUGCAGUGACAUGCUGCACCAAUUGAAUUAACAUUGCAUCGAAUAAAUGGUAGAAAUCAGUCUAACUGGAAAUCCUAUGUCUACCAUUCCCAGAUGUACAAUGCAUUCUUGAUUGAGUCCAACAAAUUUUUUCUUUUGUCUGUCCAAAAUACUGAUUUGGCUUGACAUAUUCAAGUCCAUUGGAGAAAGGAAAAUAAUUUGCAGCUUUGCUAUAAAUUCCAGAAAAGGCCAAAUUUGUACAACGUUCUCAUCCUUCGGACAAUUUUAAUAUGUUCUGAUAUGAGAAAAUCUGAUACAAGAAUUUGAUUAUCAAUGAUGGCAGUGAUGAUGUUGAUGAUAAGAGAAAAAUUGUGAUAGAGGUUCAAGUGAUUAUUUAAUUAAUUAAUUUAUUUUUUGCUUCUUUCUAUUUCUUUUUAGUCCCUGUUUUUGGAGCAGAACUCGGAUUUCAGUUUCGUCCUGCAGAAAGGCCAGCACCAAUUGUGGUCAUGAAAUGUAUUCAGGCGCUUGAUAAAGGAGGAUUACAAACAUUGGGAAUCCACAGCAUUAUACCUGCAGGAAGUGAAAAGAAUGCACUCAGAACUGCCUUGAAUCAAAGUAAUAAUCAUUAAUCUGCCAAUAGUUUUUGUAUUUUUUUGCCAGACCUUUCUUCUUAUUACUUUAACAAAACUCGUCUCAGCAAUUCUUAGUGUUCUGUCUGUUGCCAAAAUCCUGGGGACUGAGCAUCAAGUGAUCUGAGCCAGCAUUACACAGAGCUCUAUUAUUAGUCCUGGGUUCGAAACUGUAUCCGAGCAACAAGCAGCAUAUGUUCAACAAAGCUCUUAUUCAAUUGUUAUGCCCAUACUCUGGCGGGAGGUUGACGUAAGACUUGCAUAGUAAUUUAUAACAAAAGUUAUCACGAUUUAUAGUAAUAAUUAUGUAUGACAACUUUUCUGGUUUGUCCAACAGUGACCUUUCUUAAGGGAAAAAUAUGUGCAGGCCUGAAAAUUCUUUUUAAAUAAUAGUUCUUCUUGUUUUUUUCUUUAUUAGGUGCAAAGAAUGUGAACAUGGAAGAUGAAGAAUGGAAGAAUCCCCAUUGUGUUUCAUCUGUUCUAAAGAUGUAUCUAAAUGAGCUUCCCACGUGUGUGUUUACUGAAGAAAAAUAUCUCUCUUUUGUUAAAACUUUUAAAGGUAAAAUUAAUUUUGGACUCUUUUUAUUUGAGGGUGGCAUUUAUACCAAAAUCAUAUCUUCUAAUUUACUGACCACAAUAAUAUUAUGGCAAAUCGCUUGAUUAUAUUUAUACAAAACAGAGGCAUGUUUUAUGUUUCAAUGUCUUGCUUUUUUUUGGUGAGAUAGAAUUGGAGUUAUCUGGCUUGCAAUAGUUGAAGGAAUCGUUGUUGUUGCCUUUUCUUUUUCUUAUGAGGUUAAAGAGUAAAGGGCACACAAUCCAAAAGCCCAAAGGCCGAAGGUUAUACCAGUUUCCUUAGCAUGAAGCAUGCUUAGGAGUAUUGCUACUCCCCCCUGGAUGGAAUACUACAGUAGUCCAUCCCAGGUUACCCCCCAGCAGUAUGUCGCCAGUUCCCAUUAAUUUUAUACACCUGGGUGAAGAAAGACAAGGUGGAGUAAAGUUUCUUGUGUAAGGAAACAACGUAACAGGAGAGGUUUGAACCCCGGAGUUGGAGGUGUUAACCACUCGGCCACUCACGCCUCCACUUUUUCUCACAAAUUAUCCUCAAAAAAACGCUUUAUUCUUCUGAUUGGGUGUGGUAUUUAUUCUAGGGUCAUUUUUUAUUGUAAUUUUGCUUCAUCCCGUGGUGUUUAAUUAAGUAAAAACAAUAUUGUUAGAAGAUGGUUCAUGGAUGUAUGUUACAAUCUUCCAUAACAAAUUAUUGCAAUGGUUUACUUCUUUUAAAGAUGGAAACAGAGAAUCCGUUGGAGCCAGACUGCAAGAACUGGUGGAAAGUCUUCCAGAAGAAAACAAGUCCCUCCUCAAAUAUAUCUUAGAACAUUUAUACAGGUCAGAAAAGUUACAGUAUGUACGCUCUCUAUGAAGGCCUCUGUUGCACUUUGCUUUAACCCACAGAGGAGGAUCCAGAAAAUUCAGAAAGGGGGUGGGGGGUUGGGAUACAUGGUAGAAUUAACAAACAUCUCUCAAGUCGUUUUUGUUUUUGAGUUGUUAGGAACAAAAAAGCUAGUAAGUUGCUAUUUGUUGAGGUGUUGUGCUUAAAAUGCACAUUAUGGAGCAUUUCUUUUAGACAAUCCAUCUUCAGUUUGAGGUAAUCCAAUGCUAAGAUCAGUCUGCAAUCCUUUUGUAGCGUAAAAUUGAAUUUUUUGAUUGAAAGGUCUGUAUUAAGUUUGGCUACCUUUAAUGCAGAACCAUGUUUCUCACGUUUAUGAAAGGACUAACGAGUAAAACAUAUCUUAAGUUGAAAUUUAAAUGUAAGCAAGGAAUUAUAAUUUAUUAUCUUAGGAGUUGAUUACAAGGUAGCGGAUGUGUUUUUUUUUCAGGGUCAGCCAGAAUGUUGAGUGGAAUGACAUGUCAUCGAUGAAACUAGCUCGGAUAUUUGCUCCUCUUUUGUUACGACCAGAGCGAAAGAAUAUAAUGUAAGUUAAUCCUGUAGUGUUUUUUUGCGUAAACGAUUUAUUUUGCUCCUUGAGAUGCUUGGGACUUACAAUCAAAACAAAAGAAAUUGAAAACAAUGCCUUUGCAAAAUUUUGCAGGGACAACAAAGAGUAUUGUGGUAUUUUUGAAAAAGGCCUAUUUAAGAAACAGCCUCCAUUCAGGCAACUUGCAACUACCCCAUUGAGGAUGAGCGCAAAGUUAUUCCUUUUUCCAACGAGUUUGUUAACUGAAGCAUGUAAAUAUCUGAGGGUAAAAUUCAUGUUACUGUCUUACAGGGCAUUAAUUAAAAACCAUGAAGUAACAGUCGAAAUAGUUGACCACCUGACGAAAACUGGGGAGUGGACAGAAACAAAACCGCCAGGUAAAAUGUUUGGAUCCAUUUACGGAGAUCUAAGAUUUAACAUGUUCUAGCUUGCGUUCAAGCGGUCGUUCCUCCCUUUUUCUACGUCCAUUCGCUUACGUUCGCACUCCAGAAAAAAGAAGAAUGAAUGAACGCCUGAUCGCAUACUAAAGCCCCGUACAAAUGGGCGCGACAUUCUGGCCAAGAACUCCCAACAUUGUUGGGAGUUGUUGCGUCCGUUUGCACGUAACUUAAAGUUUGAACAGUUUCAAACUUUACGCAGUAACUCUCAACAACACCCAACGACAUGCAACAGGGUGUGCAAAAAGACGAAACAUGUAACAUCAGAUAAAACACUCCUUGUUACCAGCCAGUGAUUGGGUAUCGGAUGACUCACUCCUUCUCGUUUUUUUCUUAAUAUCACUUCCCAGUGUUUGUAUAUCAGACGAAACACUCCCUCUCGUGUUUGAUAUUUUACUUCUCAGUGUUUGGAUAUCAGAUAAAACACUCCUUCUCGUGUUUGAUAUUUUACCUCUCGGUGUUGAAAUGUGAGAUAAAACACUCCUUCUCGUGUUUAAAAUAUCACUCCAGAAAAAAAAAAAUUGAAAACCGUAUAAACUUAUUUUGGCUUGAGCUGUGGCAUUCUGUUCGUGCUUAAGUUUCUGCGAUCGCUUUGUAUUUUUCAGUACCUCCAAGAAGACCUCGAUCGGCAGCUGAGCCUUUGGAGAGAUUACAAGAUUGUCCCUGGUACUGGGGAGACAUUAACAAGUGAGAGUCGAUUAUUAUUAACCGUCUUACCACAACGAUGGCAACGAGAGCAUGAACAAUAAAACAGCGAUGGGAUAAAGGCAAACAAAACAAUAACUUUGCAUUCUUUAAUACUAAAAAGUUUUUUUUUUUUUCAUUUUAUAGAGAAACAGUCAAUGAGAGAUUAAAAGACCAGCCCGAUGGCACGUUUAUUGUUCGAGACUCCAGACGGUAUCCUGGCGAAUAUACUUUGACACUAAGGUAGAUUUGCUGUCCUUUAUUUGUGCCGUUUUGCCCAUCUUUAAGUCUCGUGGAAAAACAUCCGCGGAGAGGCACUCUUGUCCAUUUUUUGAUGUGAUUGUGUGACGCUCGGCUCUCAAAAACUUCACUCCAUUUCAGACGAAAAUACGCCACAUAGUAUACUUGUUUCCAUACCUGGUUUCAUAGUGUUAAUUAGGGGUUUGCCAUACUUAGCAGGUUUCAUCGAAGCAGUAAAUUAUUCUACCUUACCAUGGCAAAUCACCCAUUCCGGUUUUCAAAAAGAAUGCAAAAUAAAAUUAAUCGGCUGUUGUUGUUGUUCCCUGCAAACUUUAAAACUCAUUUGCGGUCCAGAGUGGCUUACUUUGCUUUUCGAGUGGCCCGUUCCUUUAUAGCUAAUGAUAUAGCGGAAUACCCUCGGUGGUUUGUAAGUGGCGUGAUUAUUAAGCGCUCCCUUGCAUUUUAUAAUUCAGUAAGGUCGUUUUACAUUUCAGGAAAGGAGGAGUGAACAAGCUUAUUCGAAUCUUACACAAAGACGGCUACUAUGGUUUUUCAGAGCCGUUGACUUUUUCCUCUGUGGUAGAGCUCAUAAAUUAUUACAAAACAAGAUCUCUGGCUUCCUACAACCCAAAGUUAGAUGUGAAACUCGAGAGUCCACUAAAUAAAUAUGAGGUAAGUCAGUGCUCAAGUAAACUAUACUCCGAACAAGUAGUCUGCUGUGAUAUUUUCGCUCGUUCCACUGGCUCGCUUGGGAGGCAAUCCUGAAGCUAUGUUCACGCUAUAAGAAAAGCUAGAGCGAUUUUCGUAUGACCUUGAAAAAUGGUUUCGGUAAAUGUUCGUUAUUUGUUUUAUCAGUCAACGGAUGAAAAGAUCAAAACACGGACUCUUCAUUUUCGCGCCAAAGAAAACCCUAAUAUGGAAAAGGUAUUGUUCGAUUGGCCAAUCGUGUUGCAGUAUGACGUCAAAGCGAAGUAUCGGUUGAUUUCUAGAAAGUUCGCGGGCAUGAAGUUUUUUCAGCCGAGCGUUCGCUUAACCAACCGAAAGCCACGCUCGUUUGUAUCCGUUCGACAAACCAAUCAAAUCGCUUUAUUUCCCUUCGUUUCUUGUUUCUGUUUUGUUCGUGCGUUUUUAUUUCAAGGUCAUACGAAAACCGCUCACACACAAGUCGUUCACACAGAUCGAACAUCAUGCCGGAUCGUGCCGUAGCAGUUGGUCCAGAGGGUUUGGCCGGGUGAACUAAAUCCCAGUCCUCACUCCUGAAUAUGUUUUCCGUCUCAGUGGAUUCCACUCCUCACUCCUACUUAUUCACUUCCACUACCAUCCGUUCACACUUCACCAAAGUGUGGUACAAAACCUAUACGUGACUCCCCGCUUUCGAGAUCGGCGCGGUGCAGCUUCGCUCCGCAACAGAAGUCGCGCCGAAAUGACCGUUUGUAUGUGUAAACGGAAGCCGUACCCGGCGUAGUUUUUGUGCCGGUGUAAGAGCUAUCCGGUAUCAUAAUGUGAAAAUAGGGAACUUUAGCAUCGACGACGGCAACGGCAGCGAAAACGUCAGUUUUAAAAUGAAUUUCCGUUUUUUCAAUCUUUGUCGCGUUUAUUCCAAUUUGCUGAAAAUGGCAAGUUGAGGAGAAUUUCCCUGGAGUUGAUUUCUUGAGGACCGCAGUCAAGUGUAGAGAGAGAAAAAGAGAUUCGUCGUCGCUUGUUUACGUCCUCCAAAAAACUUGUAAUUAGGCGUCAUUUUCACGUCGUAGUCGUGCAAGGACGGUAAAAAAAUGUACAAAAAAGAGUGAUGCACGUGUAAAGUUGUUGUUUUGCUAAUAUAAGCCUAUUCCUUUUUGACGUCCUCGUUGCUGUCGCCGUCGUCGUUGCUAAAGCUCCCUAGUAAUCUGAGUGACUGCCAGCAUUCCGCAGUAUUUGUAGGUUUAAUUUACACAUACCACUUUUCAUGGCUUGUCACACGACAGUUAAUAAAAGUGAAAAGGACUCGAAGCAACGACAAGAAUUUACCCUUUUGUUGUCAAAUUGUUUGAAAAGUCGAUGUUGCCUGCAUAUUUAAACAUUCGAGACGAUUUUAACGAUUGUUUCAUUUCUUAUGCCUCGUUUUUUCAAGUAAUAAUUUCCUCACUUGUCUCAUGACACGCGUGCAUGAUUGGGUGCGUGUCAUGAGACACUCGUCUCGCAGAACGCUCUACGAUACAAAAGUCUUUGGGAGGAGAAAAGGCGGAUUUUGUUGUUGGACGAAAGUCCUACAAGACGAAACUUCCCAUCCAUGCAGAUAAAUCAACAUGUAUAAUAAACUCUAGUAACAACAGCAAUUUUUGAUAAACCAUUCCAAUAUUGCGAUGUGAAAGUACUGCUGAAGACUUAAAUGAUCUCGCCAAAGAAAUAUUAGACCAAUGUUCGAACUUCCUCCGAGGCCUCGGGGAAUAAUAAAAAAGAAAUCGCUUUUAAGUUUUGGGAUGAAUGAUUCAUUUCUUUUGUUUUAUUUCCUCAAUUCUCGGGACCAAGUAUCAAUUUUAAUCUAUCAAAAUUGGUCUAAUUUUAAUUGAGCUGGAUAAAGAAGCGCGUAUCCUUUCGUGACACGCAUUACUUGAUAUUAGAGUCCCGUAUAGGGUUGUUCAAUACCGUAAUCCCGACCCGAAAUUUCGAGCAAUCCCGUAAUCCCGACGGUUAUUUUCGGCAUCCCAACUCCCGCGAUACUUUCAAUCCCGAAUCUCGCCCGGAUUUAGCUUUCAAAUCCCGAAUCCCGAGGUUCAGUUAAAAUAAAGGAAAUCCCGGAUCCCGAAAAACCCGUUGGGGACCCUAUGAUAUGUCACAGCACGCGAGUUCACGUAUUCAUCACUAGUUUACUGCAAAUCCCAUUGAAGGGCAAAUAUGCCAUUCAUCAAUUUCUUGGUAUUUAUUGUAACGGAGCCUGCUGGUUACUUUUCGCAGGAUGAGGACGAGGAGGUAGGCCAAGGGCCUGGUACUGGAGACGAUAAAGAUUUUUACAUAGAAAAACUCAGACGAGUUCAUCAGGAAUUUGUUCAGAAAUCAGAUGACUAUGAGAAAAUUCAUGAGCAAUUUGUUCAAUCAGAACAGGUUAGUAAGAAGACUCUAAGUACGCAACUUUGUAGUUGUCUCAAAUGAAUGCUUUGUGACGAAUUAUGGGCACAAAUUUAGGUCUCCUAGCGUACAGUGAAGGCAUAUUCUGGUGCGCGCGAGUGUGCAAUUUUCCUUCUGUAACCGCCAUCUUGAACGCCUUUUCGAUCAAGGGAGUGGGUGUUAGGCUGAAGAAUGAAGUGGGAGAGGGUGGGGGAAGAAAAUGUUCUCUUCGGUCUUUCCCACUCCCUUCGUUGCCUUCUUUGGCUUUUCCCAGCCCCCUCAGGUUUUAGGGAAUUCAUCGUAGUGGGUAGACAGACAAAAACGGGUUGAAUUUUAGUGCUUACACGACUCAAGAGAACGCGAAUGAAUUACAAAGAAGCACUUUUCCUAAGUGACAAGCAUAACUAUUGAUAUUCAUUCAAAAUAUUUCUCCAUUUCUGAUUGACUAAUUCUUUAUAACCAGCUGGCGUUUGCUGUCAUUUCAUAAUUUAAGUCAAUAAGAAUUGUAAAAUGAAAGACUAAACAGAGACGACUGACUUUACUCAAAGACAGCGGAGUGGAAGCUCAGCUUUUUGUGCGAGAAAAUAGCGGAAGAGUUUACACGUUAUGCGAGACGAAAAAGAGGUCUAUAGCCAAAUAACUGCCUCAAAAAGUUAGCAAGUAUAUAAGUAAACCGUAUGCUAGUUCAAGCCUGUUCCACGCGUUUAGAAGUAAAACUUACGCUAGUUUAAGCCUGUUCAGCGCGUUCAGAAGUAAAAUUUAAACUAGUUUAGGCCUGUUCCACGCGUUCCGAUAGUGGGUAGAACGCUAUAAUGAUGAAGAUUUCCCCUUGUUCUUCCAUUCAAUAUGAGAUGAGCACCUAAAACAUGCUGACUUAAAUUUGAAACGUGUUGUUACAGGAGAUAACUGACUGUCACGAAGAACUUGAUGCUCACCGUGAAAUCAUCAAAAUGAUUGAUGACCAGAUCACGCUGCAUGAGACAUUCCAGAAAGAAGCCCCACCGCAAAACAGAGCAAUGUAAGUAGCUAUCA